CCGGGCAAUUCAAUCUCAUAAUGAUUAUGUGCUCAUGCGGGGUUAAAAUUAUUUGCCAAUAAAAAUCUUGUUUAAUCGUAAUUACAAUCCUAAGUUGCUGUAGACCUCACCGUUCAGUCAUUUUUCUCCGUCAUAACAUCUCAUAUUAAAUUCAAGAUGUACACAGAAUUGAAGCUGUAAGCGGCAUGUACAUCUUGUAGUUUAUGCGACGACAUGUCUUAACGUUAGCUGCUUUCCUUUGCAUUGUACAGAUAUAUAACCAAGAACAAUUAUGUGUUAGCACCUGAAUCAGGCUCAAACUUGGUUGUCGAUCGUAAUUCAGGAAACCUUGAACUUUCAGGUAAAUUUCCUUUAAGGUAACCAACUGCCAGGACGUUCAUAAUGAGAAUAAUAUUAUCGACUGCUUGUAUAGGAAAUGUUCCCCCCGCUUGGGAGCAAGAAGGAGUCGUGGAUGUUUACGGCAUUAUGGGCUUCAUUCGCUUUUUAGCAGGUGAUUACAUGUUGGUUAUUACCGAUCGUGAAGAAAUUGGUUCUAUUCAAGGUAAAAAGAUUUAUCGUAUUGGCGCCUUCCAAAUUUUACCUUUGGCUCACAACUUGAACCAGUUGAGCGUUAAUCAGACGGCGCAAGAACACAAAUAUGUUAGCUUGCUUGAAACACACAUCAAAAAGAACAUAUUUUAUUUCUCUUAUGAUUAUGACUUGACUCAAACAAUUCAAAGACAAGCACAAUAUACUUCUGAGAAAGCAAUGGAGCCUUUAUAUAAAAGAGCAGAUGACCGUUUCUUCUGGAAUCGAUUUGUUUGUUCAAAAUUGAUUAACUCGCAAAUUGACCUCUCUAACUAUAUUUUACCGGUAAUGCAAGGCUUUGUUGAAUUGGAUAAGUGCACCAUCAACAACAAAACAUUUUCUUGGGGGUUGAUUACUCGCAGAAGCAGAUAUCGCCCAGGUACUCGUUACUUUUCACGUGGUAUCAACGCUGAGGGACAUGUUUCCAACUUUGUUGAAACUGAGCAACUUGUUUUGUACGACGGUCCUUCACCUACAAGAAAGGUUGAUGGUAAGACCAUCCUAUCGUUUGUUCAAACCAGAGGAUCUAUUCCUGUCUUCUGGGCACAAGUGAUCAACCUCAAAUAUACACCUCGUCUUUGGAUCGGCGAUAAUAAGAAGAGCUUGGCUGCUGCUCGCGCUCAUUUUGAUGAGCAAAUUCGCAUAUAUGGUCCUCAAAUUUUGGUCAAUUUAAUCAACAAGAAGGGUUAUGAGCUUCCUAUGGGGCAAGCAUAUGCCCGUACUGUUGAACAAUUAAAUGAUCCACGCAUCUUUUAUACUCAUUUUGAUUUUCACUCUGAAUGUUCAAAGAUGCGUUGGGAACGUAUUCAUCUCUUAGUAGAUCAAUUGAAGGAUAAAUUGACUGAGCAAGGCUAUGCACUCUAUGACACAACUCAGAAUAGCUUAUUAAAGAAGCAAACAUCGGUUGUCCGUUCCAACUGCAUGGAUUGCUUGGAUCGUACUAAUGUUGUUCAAAGUACACUUGCCAGAUGGGUUAUGACUCAGCAACUUAAUGAAAUUGGUAUUCUAGAGAAUGGUCAAAAAUUAGAAGAUCAAGAAUCUUUCAUGCACAGUUAUAGAAAUGUUUGGGCUGAUAAUGCUGAUGGUGUCAGUUGUGUCUACUCUGGCACAGGUGCUCUUAAGACGGAUUUCACUAGAACCGGUAAGCGCACAAAGGCUGGUGCUAUGCAAGAUUUGCAAAACUCUAUUACUCGUUAUAUCAAAAACAAUUUCAUGGACGGUAAUCGUCAAGAUGCCUUCGAUUUGUUCCUUGGUAACUUUCAUGUUGACACGACUGCAACUGCUUCGUUAAACCCAUUCAAGGAUACUAGACCUCUUCGUGUACGCGUUGUUCCUUAUAUUCUAAUGUUUUCACUCUUCAUGCUUGCAUUGAAUAUUGUUCGUCCAAAUUAUUCCGGCUUUAAAUCGUAUGCUUCCUACUUCCUCUUACUUCUCUUUUGGUUAUCAGUUUUGAUUUCUGGUAUUCGAUUUGCAUUAAGAAAUGGCAAAGAUUUUGUUCAGUGGCCUAAGCUUGUCAAAUUGCCUGAUACUGAAGAAGUUAUUGAAAGCGCUGAAUUCACCGAAGCUGGUAAGAUGGCUCCUCCUGAACUUAGUAAAUCCGACCUGCUUUAGACAUAGUACGACAUGGCAAUAUCAUAGAUUCUCCGAGCAAAUUUCCAUUUAUUUCAUAAACUAACUUCUAAACAUGAAUAGAAAUAAACAUAAUGUACAUAUUGAAAAGAACUUUUCCUGCUAGGUUGCUUGCAACUUGAUUAUUCAAGUUACAUUGUUGGCUAUGCUAUACAAAUAAAC